GCCCGCGUCCAACAUGGCGGCCCCCAUGGGUCGCGGGCUCCUCUUCCUCUUGGCGCUGCUCGGCUUCCUCGGAGAGGCGUCCGGCGACUUCAGCGCGCGGGCCUCCCGCGAAGACGACGUGCUGCUGCCCUACUUCGGCGUGCGCGCGCGCCCCACCCGGGACUGCGCCCGGGUGCGCGCCGGCAGCCGCGAGCACGAGAGCUGGCCGCCGACCCCCGCGACCCCCGGGCCCCGCGGCGCCGCCGUGCGCACCUUCGUGUCGUACUUCGGGGAGCGCGCGGUGACCGGCCACCUGACGCGCGCCGCCGAGCCCCUGCGCGUCUUCUCCGUGCUGGAGCCCGGCGGGCCCGGCGGCUGCGCGUCGAGGCGCCGCGCCACGGUGGAGGAGACGGCGCGGGCGGCCGGCUGCAGCGUCGCCCAGAACGGCGGCUUCUUCCGCAUGGAGUCGGGCGAGUGCCUGGGGAACGUGGUGAGCGACGGGCGGCGGGUGAGCAGCUCCCGGGGGCUGCAGAACGCGCAGUUCGGGAUCCGCCGCGACGGGACCCUGGUCACCGGGUAUCUAUCUGAGGAAGAGGUGCUGGACACCGAGAAUCCCUUUGUGCAGUUGCUCAGUGGUGUCGUGUGGCUGAUUCGUAAUGGAAGCAUCUACAUCAAUGAGAGCCAGGCUACCGAGUGUGAUAAGACCCAGGAGACAGGUUCCUUUAGCAAAUUCGUGAACGUGAUAUCAGCCAGGACGGCUGUGGGCCAUGAUCGGAAGGGGCAGCUGGUGCUCUUCCAUGCAGAUGGGCAGACAGAGCAGCGGGGCAUUAACCUGUGGGAGAUGGCAGAGUUCCUGCUGAAACAGGACGUGGUCAACGCCAUCAACCUGGAUGGGGGCGGCUCUGCCACCUUUGUGCGCAACGGGACCUUGGCCAGUUACCCGUCAGAUCACUGCCAGGACAACAUGUGGCGCUGUCCCCGCCACGUGUCCACUGUGGUGUGUGUGCACGAGCCCCGCUGCCAGCCGCCGGACUGCAGUGGCCACGGGACCUGUGUGGCAGGGCACUGCCAGUGCACAGGGCAUUUCUGGCGGGGUGCCGCCUGCGACCGACUGGACUGUGGCCCCUCCAACUGCAGCGGGCACGGGCUUUGCACUGAGACUGGCUGCCGCUGCGAGGCCGGAUGGACAGGAGCCAACUGCAGUGAAGCCUGCACCAAUGGCUCCUUCGGCCAGGACUGUGCCCGCAAGUGUCUGUGUCGCAACGGAGCCGCCUGCGACCCCGUCCAGGGGACCUGCUCCUGUCCCCCUGGCUUUACUGGAGACACCUGUGAGCAGGAGUGUCCGCUCGGCUGGCAUGGGCCAGGCUGCCAGCAACCUUGCAGGUGUGAGCACCAGUGCCCCUGUGACCCCCAGACAGGCAACUGCAGCCUCUCGGGGUCGCUUGCCCUGAGCAGCAUCUUUUCCCAAGUGAAGCAGUGUCUGCGGCCCCUGGAGGCCACCGUGAGGACAGGAGAACUCUCCCUUCUCACAGGGACCACUUGGCUGGCCCUCACCCUGGGCUUGGUUUUCCUGCUGCUCAUCAGCACAGUGGCCAAUGUGUCCUUGCUCCUGGGCUCGAGAGCAGAGCGGGGCCGGCACCUCGACGGGGCCUAUGUCUACCAUCCGCUGCAGGAGAUGAGCGGGGAGGCCCUGGCGGCAGAGAAGGAGCAGCUGGGCGACACCCACAACCCCUUCAAGGACUGAAACGCCCAGCUGCCCCAGCUGAUGUUAGCAGGACCCGCCUUCCAGCCCAAAGCAACCGCCCGCCUGGGUGGUCUCAGCCAGGGCUGCAGCUUCUGAUCGCACAUGUGCCUCAGCCCCUCACCCGGCCCUGGGCCCUCCCCGGCCAGCCGGCCUGCUGAGCAGGUGCACCCCAAGCAGUGCAGCGCCCCACAGGUGGACUCUGCCUCUUCCCUGCCUGCCUAUGUCUGCUGCCCACAAGGCCUGGCUCCCCAGGACCUGCCCAGGUGCCAAAGAGCCUCCAGCCCCCCAGGGUGGGGGCUUCAAGCAAGCAAACCCCCGUGACUGAACUGUGACCGUGGCCCGCCAGCCUCUUGACCAGGGCAGUGAGGAGACAGCCACGGCACGGCGCCGUUUCCUUCAGACCUCAUCGCCAGAGUAGCCAAGAAUUCUGCUUCCUGCCACGGGAAGCGCCUUUGAAGGGACAGGGAGGAAGUGAUCAUGUUUACGGCUUUCUACCUUGUCAUCCUGCCGCCCAGGAGAUUUUUCUAUCACUUGAAUAAUAAAUUGAUAUAAAAGGAGCCCCCGGGCCGUGUCUGAGUCCUGA